AUGUCAAAGAAAGUUGCUUAGUGGAGAAGAUUGUGCUUCCCAAAUGUGCAACUCCAAUAACAUGUUCUACUCUCCCCAAAUGUGCAACUCAAAAAUAUCUAUUCCCAAAUGUGCAACUCCAAAAUAUUUCUAUAUAUAGCUUAUAAUGUCCCUCUCCUACAUAACAUAACUCACAAUAAGAGAGACAUUUCAACUUGCUAAAUAUGGCUAACAAGCCUCGUUCUAAUUCGUCUUUCCUCUUUCUAUUGCUUAUCCUACAUUUUAACAUGGGGAAAAGCCAGCUCCAGCUGAACUACUACUCCACCAGCUGCCCAAGAGCCGAAGAGAUAAUCAAGCAGCAAGUCACUGAACUAUAUAAUCAAGGAAGCACAGCCAUUUCGUGGCUUCGAAAUCUCUUCCAUGAUUGCAUGGUCAAUUCAUGCGAUGCAUCCUUUCUUUUAGCAACGUGGCGCGGUGUGGUAUCGGAGCAGACAUCGGUAAGAAGUUUUGGGAUGAGAAAUUUCAAGUAUGUGAACACCAUCAAAGCUGCUGUUGAGAAAGAAUGUCCCUUGACAGUGUCAUGUGCUGAUAUUGUUGCUCUUUCUGCUAGAGACGGUAUUGCAAUGUUGGGAAUUCCAAACAUUGAAAUGAAGAGUGGAAGAAGGGAUAGCAAAGAAAGCUAUGUAACGGUGGUGGAAGAAUCCAUUCCAAGCCAUAAUGCCUCCAUGUCCUUAGUGCUCACUCGUUUCCAAGCUAUUGGUGUUGAUGUUGAAGCCACGGUUGCUCUUUUAGGAGCACAUUCAGUGGGAAGAGUACACUGCAUAAAUAUGGUCCACAGACUAUACCCUAUAGUGGACCCAACGCUAGACCCUACAUAUGUUGUCUACCUAAAACGUAGAUGUCCAAAACCAAACCCAAAGGCAAAAGCUGUCCAAUAUGUAAGGAAUGAUCUAAAAACUCCAUUGAUAAUUGACAACAACUACUACAAGAACAUUUUGCAACAUAAGGGUCUUCUAACUGUGGAUGAAGAACUAGCCACUGACCCAAUAACAUCACCUUAUGUACAAAAAAUGGCAGAUGAUAAUGGUUACUUCAAUGACCAAUUCUCAAGGGCUGUUCUUUUGUUAUCAGAGAAUAAUCCUCUUAUUGGAGAUCAAGGUGAAAUCAGAAAGGAUUGUCGCUUCGUUAAUGCCAAUUAGAUAUAUAAUUAGCUAGCAAUAUACUAGCUUGGUAUUUGUAUAAUUUACUAAUUCUACUCUACUUAAUGCCAUAGAAAUAAUUUACUCAUUCUACUUUAGUAUUAAGUAAUUGUAGAGAUGUUUGGAUAAUCCUCAAAAUGAAGGAAACAAAUUUCUUUCUAGAUAUAUGUUGUAAAAGGAAUGCUGCUCUAUAGUGUAUAAUUCGUUUGGUUUUGGCACCCGUCUCAACCAUCUUACUAAA